AUGGCACCAAUUCAACUCAAAGAUACUGAGCAGCAGCAAUCAGGCUGUCUCUCCAACAUUUUCUCCCGAUUCACUCGUUCAGCUUCAUCUCCUUCAGCUUCAAGUUCAAAUGAAAAGUUUAUCUACUCGGCUGUGGACCCCAUGGAAGAUUUACCACCUUAUGAGGACAUUGUUAAAUCCAUGCAAAAGCUCGAUGUCAAGUGUGAUAGUGAAAUCGAAGCCAUUAUCAACAAAGAAAUCAACUCUAUUAGCGAUGAACUUCGUGAAAUUAGUUUGGAUCUUCACGAAAAUGUGGAAACUGGUAUGAAGGAAGUUCAUGCUCACAAUGUUUUAACUGCAUAUCUCGAGAAGAAGGGCUUCAAGGUGACCCGCCAUGCUUAUGGUAUGGAAACUGCAUUUACUGCUGAAUAUAGCCGUGGUUCUGGUAGAAGAAUCGGUGUCUGCUCAGAAUAUGAUGGCCUUCCCGGUCUUGGUCAAGGCUGUGGCCACAACUUGAUUGCUAUCAGUGGUCUUGCUACUGCUAUUGGUAUCAAAGCUGCUUUGGAGAGCGGAAAGGCUUCUGGUAAAGUCAUUCUCUUUGGCACCCCCGCAGAAGAAUUAUCUAUCGGUAAGAUCGUCCUUGUUAGCAAAGGUGCUUUCCAAGAGAAUGUCGAUGUCUGCUUGAUGUUGCACCCUGCUGCCUACAAUCAUCAAUAUGCCGCUUUCAUUGCUAUCCAUGAUGUCCGCGUCGAGUUCUUUGGCAAGCCUAGCCAUGCUUCAGCUGCCCCUUGGGUUGGUGUCAACGCAUUGGAUGCCCUUGUUCAAGUCUGGAACGGUAUCAGUAUGAUGCGUCAACAGCUUAUGCCUACUGACAGAGUUCAUGGUAUUGUCACUGAUGGCGGCCAAGCUCCCAAUGUCAUUCCUGAACACACCUCUGCCUUCUUCUUUGUUCGUACUACUAGAGCAAAUCAAAUUGGUCGUUUGCAAAAGAAGCUUGAAAACAUCUUUGAAGCUGCUGCAUUAGCUACAGGUUGUAAAGUCAAGUAUACAUGGCGUGAAAUUGGCGUUACCAAGGAUGUCAUUCAAAAUAGACCCCUUGCUAACUUUUAUGCUCAACACAUGGAGAAAUACGGCAUUGAAUUCCCAUCUGAGGAAGAUCAAAUUCGUGCUGGUGGCGGUUCUACUGACUUUGGUAACAUCAGUUACGAAAUGCCCUCCAUUCAACCCUUCUACGGCAUUCACACUACUGCUGCCAACCAUACUAUUGAAUUCACUGCUGCUGCUAAAACUUUGGCUGCUCACAAAGAUACCAUUACCGCUUCUAAAUGUCUGGCUGCUACAGGUGUUGAAGUUUUGUUGAAUGAUGAAUACUACGACUCUGUUAAACGUAACUUUAAGGAGAACCAAGUCGAAUUCACUUCUGAAGUUGCUGAAGUUACAAAGCCUGCUUGCAAUUAUAUUUAA